GAAGGGAGAAGAAGAAGAAGAAGAAGAAGAAGAAGAAGAAGAAGAGGAAGAAGAAAAGAAAAAGGAAAAAAAAGAAAAAAUUAAAAAUAAAAAUAAAUAAAAACGUGAGAGAUAUUGUAGAAACGGACGUUGAAAAUCGAAAUAAAAGUUAAAUGAUUGGUUCAAGCCGUAGAGAAAAGUCACGUUGAAGAGAAACCGGUCCAGAACGUUAGAGACACAUCCGUGUGUCUCUGUGGAAGUUGCGUUCUCUCUCUCUCUCUCUCUCUCUCUUUCUUUCUUUCUCUUUCUAUGUAUCGCAAGAUCGCGUUGAGCCGUAUGUAUCUUGGAUCUAUCGAUCCACCAUGCGUUUAUUUUGCUCUAUAGAAAGAAAGGAUUUUAAUCGAGGGCUUUGUUGACGCGUCUUUUGCCGAUGAUCGCUACUCUCUUUCGCUCGCUCGAUCACGUAAGGAAUGUUCAUCGUCACUGAUUCGAUCUUUGGUUAAAAUGGUUAGAGAGAGGGAGGUGAAGUGUAAGUAAGGGGAGGCGAGGGGUUGAGAACUUGACACGGAUGGUGGAGAAUCUUUUUAUCUCAUGAGAUCUCUAAUUAAAUGAUAUAUAUAUUUAUAUACCUCUCUCUCUCUCUCUUUCUCUCUCUUUUUCUCUCUUUUUCUUUUAUUUCUCUCUUUUCCGUUUUCCUUUCUAUCUCAUCUCGUUCCUUUUACUUGUUACCUUUUAUCUUCUCGUUCGGGCCGACGUCGUAACCCCCAAUGGGACGUUCCGCGUGUCACGAGAUUGCCGAUUAAAAUGAUCGUAAAUUAAUCUCAUUUGGUUGCUCGUUUGGAUCAUCGUCAAUUUAAAAUUUAUAUUGUGAAAAAGAAGAAAAGAAAGGAAAAGAGAGAGAGAGAGAGAGAGAGAGAGGGAGAGAGAGUGAGAGAGAGAGAAAAAGUGAAAAAGUAGAAGAUGCCAGUAACGAGGUCCGAGAUAUUACUGAAUAUCUAUGGGGACGAAACCAAUGGAAUUUCUCGUGCAUACGAGAUGUAAGUCUUCGGUGCGUGGCUGGAAUGGCAGAAAAGUUACGCGAAGCUUGCGUCCGUGGCGAGGCCGAACGUGUCGCACGUCUUCUCGACGAAGGGAUCAAACCACAACCAGACGAGAAUGGACGAAGUCCUUUGCUAUUGGCUGCAGCACUUGGCCACACUGACGUCUGUAAUGCUCUUCUACUUCGUGAAGCCGAGGUUAAUGCAGCCGACUCGAGCGGCGUGACUCCUCUACAAAGGGCAGCUGCCGAAGGCCACUUAGAGGUGGUUGAGCUACUCCUCAAGCAUGGAGCAGACGUCGCACGGCAGGAUACGCUUCAUGGAAACUCGGCUUUGCACGAAGCCUCAUGGCGAGGAUACAGCCGGACUGUUGCUGCUUUGGCUAAGGCCCUCGGGACUCAACGCGCUCCUUUGCACGCGAGGAAUCUAGCUGGAUUUGCGCCGCUUCACCUCGCUUGUCAAAAUGGCCAUAACCAAAGCUGUCGAGAACUUCUUCUAGCUGGAUGCAAUCCCGAUCUUCAAAACAAUUAUGGAGACACGCCACUUCAUACAUCGGCGCGUUACGGUCACGCAGGUGUUACGCGUAUCUUAAUAUCGGCGCUCUGCAGGGUCUCUGAACAAAAUAAAAACGGUGACACGGCACUCCACAUUGCCGCAGCGAUGGGCCGUCGGAAAUUGACGAGGAUACUUCUUGAAGCCGGUUGUGAUAGGACGCUGCGAAACAAGCAGGGCGAGACAGCGAAGGAUAUAGCUCGUCGCAAAAACCUGACGGAGAUACUCGAGAUAAUCGGUAAGGCAAGGAGCAAGAGUAGAGCCCGUAGCAAAAGUCGGGACGAGGAAUCGAGUAACGACAAGGUCGAUGGCAGUGGUGGCAGUGCUGUCGCUGUUAAGUGCGAUAGAAACGAAAAGAAACGGGAAAAGACUGGUAGCGGUACCAGUGGUAGUAGGGAUGGUUGUACGAUCAAGAAGGAAAAAAAGAAACACAAAGGAGGUAGUGCCGGUAGCGGCGGAAAGACUCACAAAGUACAUUUUGAAAAGGCUGUGAUGGGAAGACAAUGGUCACCUUAUGGUUGCCAUUAUUAUCCAGAUCCAGAUUCUUUUCCACAGCCAAGAUUAGACUCGUUACCACCUGACCCAUUAGGAAGGGGUGAACAAUAUUAUCUAGACUUGGCUGGUAACAUAAGAAAGGGUCCGGUUGGUGUAGGGUAUACUUGUUAUUGUGCACCUUUCUUCAGGCAUAUGGAGGCAAAGUUAGAAAGAGAUAAGGCAGAAUUGAAGGCACAUAUAGAUCAGGCACAUGAAAGAUUGGAUUUGAAAGUGGCUAAUCUCGAGAGAAGAACCCGCGGACAGAUUUCCGAAUUAACUAGAUGCGUAGCAGCUGAAAGAGCACGUUGCGACGAAAGACAUCAACAUCUUCAACAGAAAUUAUCACGUGGUGGUAGAGGUAGGCACAGUGAGAGACCAGCUAGAACGUCGAAUGUCGACGAUCAAGUACCUCCUACUCGUGCCAGAUCUCUCGAGGAUUUACUUGAUGAUAGACCACAGGAUAGAAGCUUUGAAAUUCCUGGUGAAACUCCUGUUUAUCGAGGUAGUCUUGAUGAUUUAGAUAUUCCUGCUAUACCUAGGCUAAGCAAAUCGAUGAAGGAUCUUCCUUCGGGAUCGGGUAUGGCUAGGUCGACCUUGAGAGUACUUGACGUUCCAGCAAGAUUGAAUGAGACUUUCGACGGUGUCAUCAGGCAAGAUCGUAGCUCUCCUCUUGGUGCAGCAUCAUCGCCGUCUAUGGGCUCGAGACAACAGACUCGUCGGCAACGGACUUCUCUCUCGCAGGAACAGGGUACUAAUAUUAGCCAGGAAGAAAAUAACGCGACUCGUAAAAAUGGCGAAGAAAAUUCAGGAGAAUGGAGAUCGUCACCGAGUCGUCGUAGCGUUCAUGAAAUGAUUAAACGAUUUCAACAAGUACCUGGCAUGCAUAAUGGCUGGCGUGGACAACGUUCUGGUAGUAGCGAACCUACCAGCCCGGAACACAGUCAAUGUUCACAAAACAAAAGGAUUCAACCACAGGGUGGUGUAGGGAAUAAUUGGCAUGGUGAAGGUGAAGGUAAUAACAGUGAAAGUAGCGAGGGAGAGGAUGACAUGGAACAACCAGAAGCCCUAAAAGGAAAUGUUUCGAACAAAGGUGUUAUACAAGAAGAUGUUCAUUACGACAGCAUAGCCAGGAUGCCUUACAGAUCGCGUAGUGCUGUUUAUAGUCCUACUCCACUCUUACACGAUGCUCAUAAUGAUUCUGGAUAUAGUACUCGUAUGUAUGGAUCAAGUAAGGGAGCCUCACCUUCUCUCUCAGGACAAUUAGAAUGCGAUGUUAUUCUACCACCUUCCCAAGGAGGUGCCUUCCCAAGUGGAGAACAAUUGGCUGCCUUAUUGGAACAACCAAGAGGACAUGACUUAACUGUAUACGAAAGAGGCGCAGACAAUGUUGUCAUUAAUAUAGGAACUGCGAGUCUCGUUUAAUGUAAUUUUCUUCUGUUUUUUCUUUUUUUUUUUUUUUUUUUAUUGUUCUUUUUUUUGCGAGAUUUAUCACAAACGUGAACGUGGAACUUCCAAAGAUGACGCAAAAUCGAGCUCGCUCGUAAUUUUGUGAACUCGUCAUUAGCGAAAGGUAAUUCAUACAACUACGUUCUCUUCUAUAGACUUAUUCGCGUACCUUCUCAUUAUUUUUUAAACGUUGUCCAAUACGUGCUCAUUUUUGUAGAAUAAUAGCAAUUACAAGCGAUUUCUUUUACAUAUAUAUAUAUAUAUAUAUAUAUAUAUAUAUAUAUAUAUAUAUAUACCUGUGUUCAUAUUUUUAUAUAAAUAUUAUGUUAAAAAGAGAGAUCGAAAUGUUUGUAAUUUGAGUACAAAUAUAAGAGUUUUUGUUCAUCAUAUUAACGUAGUUACGAAUAAUCUUCGAUCGUCGUGUGUGCAGUAGAAAUUUAAUUGUUUGUUGCCAUGCAUCAAAAGAAAAAAAA